AUGUCUAACGCUUCAACGACUCUACUCGGGCGUCGUUUUUGGUCCUGCGCCCGCGGAUCGGCGCAGACAUUGGGUCUGCGAGGGACAACCAUCACGACCGCGACGGCCAAGAACACCUGCCUGAAAGCCAGUCAACCUGCUCUCAGCCCCUCCUAUACCAGAGCGAACACCUUCAGAAGGUCGAUACACUCGGGACCACAACACUCGUUCCCCCGGCCGAACAUUCAUAAUGCGCGACGAAGCUAUACGGGCAGUGGCCUGCUGCUGGUCGGGUUCACUACCAACCUUGCACCUACACAGGCAACAGCAGCGUGCGCCGUUGCCGCAGAGUCUGCCACGAGCAGUGGCCUGACAAAGUCCAACGUAUAUCAACUCGCUCGGCAGGCAUGGCGACGAGGGAUACACAGCGAUUCCCGAGGUGUUGGCCCUGCCGAAAGGAGGCAUCAUAGCUCCAAGAGCGGGAAACAAGAAGAGAAGGGCACGACGGCCCAGCCGAAGCAAGAUGCACCGAAGCCAGGAGAGCGGGGCAAGUCAGACGUACCGGACCCCGACGCCGAAUCGAUCACAUCCACCGUAUCGAAAUAUUUGCACAUACCGAAGAUGCCACACCGGCCUACCCGGGACGAACUCCUGGCCGCUGCAAACGGGUUCCUGGGCCGCAUGAAAGUUCGGUUCAAAUGGGUGUCCAUCAGGAGCAUGCGCCCAUGGAAUAUUGACGAAUGGGGCGCGUUCGUAUCGUGGUUUCUGUUUGGUCACCUUGUCUGGGUUCUUGUCGGAACCACGACGUUCUUCUCCCUGAUCAUCUUCAGCAUCAACACCGUUUUCGCGCAGGAAACUCUUGCCAAAUGGGUUGGCGACUCUCUGACCGAGUCCGCCGGUGUCACAGUCAUUUUUGAGUCAGCCAUCGUUCCCAAGUGGGGAGAUGGUGUCAUCAGCUUCAAGAACGUCUUUGUGUCGCGACGACCAGGGCAGGUCACGUCUUCGGUCAGCAAAGGAUCAUCUGAGAGCGCCGCAGCGAUGGCGGCCACUGGAAAGCAAACCGAUCAGGACGGUCAAGUCAUGGAAGAGGACGACGGCAACUACACCCAAUACGACCUCACCAUCGCUACUGUGAACGUGACCCUGUCAUUCCUGAAAUGGUGGAACGGCAAGGGUUUCUUGAAGGACGUCGAAGUCAAGGGCGUUCGUGGUGUGGUCGACCGCACAUCCGUGCAGUGGUCAGACGAAGCGGUUGACCCCCUUUCCUACCGCCACACCCACGAGCCCGGUGACUUCGAGAUCGACUCCUUCAAGCUCGAAGAUCUCCUCGUCACCGUUCAUCAGCCCAAAGGCUUCCGACCGUUCUCAGUCAGCAUUUACUCUUGCGAACUGCCGCAGCUCAGGAAACAGUGGCUGUUUUAUGACUUUCUCUCGGCGACGCACAUGUCCGGUUCGUUCGACGGUUCUCUGUUUACGAUUCACCCGCGCCAAGUCCACGGUACCGUUGCUGGUGAGAAUGGAGACAUCGUAGAGGACGUUGGCGAACCGUCAGCAUGGAAGAAGUUCAGCCGUCUGCGCAUCGACGGUCUCAAGAUAGACCACCUCAACCGAGGUGUCGAGGGGCCGUUUGGCUGGAUUUACGAGGGCAACGUCGACAUUGUUGCCGACGUCAUGUUCCCCGCAGAAAUCGACGACGGCAUCACCAAAGUCAUGUCAGACUUCUAUGACCAGCUCGAGGACGUCGUCAUCUCCAACCGUAUGCGACUGCUGCAGAAGGAUCUACUCGCGACCACUGCAUCGGACCUCUUGGGUCCUACGCCUACAGAGGGCCAUCUUUCCCAGGCUGCACCCGAAGCUGCGGAAGACCAAGCCCAGCAGUCUCCCGACAUGUCCGAUUCAUCAGAAGAGGAUCGAAGAUACUUAAUCAUGGAUCUCCGGAUUCACCUAAACGAUGUCAAGGCCGCCGUGCCCCUUUUCACAAAGGACAUCUCAUACAUCAACCAGGCUCUUGUGCGCCCCAUUGUGGCCUACAUCAACGCCAAGAAGACCUACAUCCCCAUCACCUGCCGCAUCGUCAAGCGUGCCACCGACUUCGACGGCAGCUGGUCCAUCUUCGACUGCGGUCUCAUGGACGACAUGUCGGCCGAGACAUACGAGGCAUUUGCGCGCGACAUUGAGGACCAGCAGAGUCGCGUUCGCCGGCUCAAGAAGGUCGGCUUCUGGACUUUGAGUCUCGCCGUCCACGCCCUCUUCAUGGGCAUGGCGGGCAACGUCAUCUAA